UCCAAAUCGGAACCUGGCAACACUGAAGCAACAUUACUUGGCAUUUUGAUUGGGCAAAAAUAAAAAAGUCGGCAAUAAUUGUGGUAAUAGAAAAUUAAGAGUUCAAAAAAAUGACCAACACAACGGAUAUUGGUGCCCACGACGUGGAGAUGGAGGUGGACCCCGCCGCGGAGACUUUAGCGGACGAGAAGAAGAACCAAGAUGUGGCUACCGUGCAGGAGAUCCGCGAGCAGAUUCGUCAGAUUGAGAAAGGAGUCGCCUCUAAGGAGUCGCGAUUUAUUCUACGCGUACUGCGCAACUUGCCCAACACUCGCCGCAAACUCAACGGAGUGGUGUUCCGAAAUUUGGCCCAGAGCAUUUACCCGCCAGGAGCGGAUCGUGAGGCCGCUGUAGCUUUAAUGCCCGCCGUUGAGAAGGACGCCACGGAACUUCCUGAUCUAGCCAAAAAGCAGGUUGCCUCGAAGGCACCUAUUGCCGAGGUGGACGCCUAUUUCUACCUUCUUUUGUUGGUCAAGCUCAUCGAUGCGAACGACCUUAACCGCGCUGGGACUUGUGCCGACGCCUUGAUGGCUAAGAUUUCAGUCCAGAACCGUCGCACCCUGGAUCUGAUUGGCGCCAAGUCCUACUUCUACUUUUCGCGCGUUGCCGAGCUGAAGGACUCUCUUGAAGGAAUUCGAGCCUUCUUGCACGCCCGCCUUCGCACUGCUACACUGCGUAACGAUUUCGAGGGCCAGGCAGUGCUGAUUAAUUGUCUGCUUCGCAACUACCUCCACUAUGCUUUGUACGAUCAAGCCGACAAGCUGGUAAAGAAGUCUGUCUACCCAGAGUCGGCCAGUAACAACGAGUGGGCUCGAUUCCUUUACUACUUGGGCCGCAUAAAGGCCGCCAAGCUGGAGUACAGUGACGCUCACAAGCAUUUAGUCCAGGCCCUGCGCAAGUCUCCGCAGCACGCUGCCAUCGGUUUCCGCCAGACUGUGCAAAAGCUGAUCAUUGUAGUGGAGCUGCUUCUGGGAAACAUUCCGGAGCGAGUGGUGUUUCGGCAGGCGGGCUUGCGCCAGUCUCUCGGAGCCUACUUCCAGCUGACACAGGCUGUGCGCCUGGGUAACCUGAAGCGGUUCGGCGACGUAGUAGCCCAGUACGGACCCAAGUUCCAGCUUGACCACACUUUCACCCUGAUCAUUCGGCUGCGCCACAAUGUCAUUAAGACAGCCAUUCGCUCCAUCGGACUGUCUUACUCCCGCAUAUCGCCGCAGGACAUUGCCAAGCGAUUGAUGCUGGACUCGGCCGAGGACGCUGAAUUUAUCGUCUCCAAGGCCAUUCGUGAUGGAGUGAUCGAAGCUACUCUGGAUCCGGCCCAGAACUUUAUGCGUAGCAAGGAGAGCACUGAUAUAUACAGUACCAGGGAACCGCAGCUGGCCUUCCACGAGCGCAUCUCCUUCUGCCUGAACCUGCACAACCAGAGCGUUAAGGCCAUGCGCUAUCCACCAAAGUCCUACGGAAAGGAUCUGGAAAGCGCCGAGGAGAGGCGGGAGCGCGAGCAGCAGGACCUUGAGCUGGCCAAGGAGAUGGCAGAGGAUGAUGAGGACGGAUUCUAAGCAGCUGCAACAGCAAAUUAAUCUUGUAUUCUCUUUUCAUAAAAUCGUAAUCCGCAAUUAAAUAAGUAACAAAAUUUAAAA